AUGGCAUCGCGUCGAGGUGUCGGGCUAGGCGCCUUCGCAAACCGCUCCCAGGCUAGCCAAUCCUACGCCAAUCAUGGCGCCAAUCUACGUUCCACGCAUCUCUCCUCCCUGCAGGCACAAUUAUCCGUGUUCCAGUCAUUGCUCCACACAUUCGCAUUAGAGCAUAGCUCGACGAUAAAGUCAAAUCCUUCAUUCCGUGCAGAGUUUGCUCGAAUGUGCAAUGCGAUCGGUGUUGACCCACUUGCAGCGAGUAACGUCAGAGGCAAGAAUGGUCGGAAGGGAAUGGGUGAAGGGGCAAGCUUUUGGACCCAGAUAAUGGGCGGGGAUAUGAAUGACUUCUACUUCGAGCUGGCCGUCCGUAUAGUAGAGCUUUGCCGAGAAACAAGGAGUGAGAAUGGAGGCUUGAUAGGCGUUGAGGAGUGCCGUAAACGUGUAGGCAAAGGCAAGGCUAUAGGGAGCGGGUUGGAAGUAACUGAUGACGAUGUUCUACGUGCCGUGAAGUCUUUGGAACCUUUGGGCUCUGGAUUUUCGAUUGUCCGCGUUGGUAGCAAACAAUACAUCCGAUCGAUCCCUAAGGAGCUUAAUACAGAUCAGGCCACAGUGCUCGAGGUUAUACAGAUCCUUGGCUACGUGAGUAUAUCUAUGUUGCAAAUAAAUUUAAAUUGGGAAAAGGCUCGGGCGCAGACUGUUAUUGAUGACCUUCUGGCAGACGGUCUGGUCUGGCUUGAUGGCCAAGGUGAAGAGAAUGAGUAUUGGUCACCACAGAAUCUACUUGACGAUAGUGGAUGA